AAGAAACCUCCCGCCAUGCCCCGCGGCGCUCGGCCCCGCGGGGGCCAGGGGGCGUGGCUUGCGCUGAGGGGGCGUGGCCCGCAGGGCUCUGCCCCAAUGAGCGCUUUGGGGGAGCGGUUCCUCUCAACCAGUGGCAGAGCGAUAUCGUUCCCUGCUCCCACCUCCCUAUUUCCGCCGGAAGUGCGGCUGCACUUCCGCCUCGCACAGAUCCUUGCUACCAUGCCGCUCCUCGGACGCUUCGCCCGCUCCCUUCUGCGCUCUGCCGCCCGCCCCGGCCCGGCCCCGCGCGGGAUCGUCUCGGGGCCGCCGCAGCACCCUCUGGGCACCGCGGAGAGCGUCGUGGGCCUGCUCGCCAUGUUUGUCACCUGCCUGGGCCCCGCCGCGUGGGUCCUGUCGCACCUCGAGGACUACAAGAAGCGGGAGUGAAGCCCUCCCCCGCCGCUCUGGGACCAGCGCCGCCGCGGACCUCCUCUCCGGGACCAGGGCCUACGGGCGCCCCCUCCCCAAUAAAGGCCGCUUACGCCG